UCCCCAUUGGAGCCCCUUGCGCCGCCGCCGCCGUCCUCAUCGAUCCGGUUCUCGUGGGGUUCGGCUUGGGCCACGAGGAAACAAGCGUAACAUUUCUUUCUGUUUGGAUUCCGCUUUCCUCUCUCGGGUUCGGUUGCUGGUGUGGUUGCACGAAGUAGGAGACGAUGGAUUUGGCGUCGGUCAACGAGGAGCUGGCCGAGAUCGAUGGGCAGAUCGGCGAUAUCCUCCGCGCAUUGCAAAAUGGUUUUCAGAAGCUGGACAAGAUCAAGGAUGCCAACCGCCGGAGCAGGCCGCUGGAAGAACUUACUGAUAAGAUGCGAUAUUGCAAAUGGUGCAGCUGGAAGAACUUAUUCAUUCUCUUUUAUCCCCGUUCUAUACGAUGUAGCUUUUAGCAACAUCCUCCCUCAUACAAUAGGGCAGUUGGAGAUGCUAAACAAAAAUGCGGCGCUUGGCAUGGGUAAAGAAGUGUCACUGCUUGGCUCAUACUUAUCAAAGACUUCGAGCGAGUUACCAAAGAUGAGGCAGGGCGAACUGAUCCGGAUACCGCAAAAAUGCUGCAUGACAGAAAGCAGUCAAUGAUCAAAGAACUAAAUUCUUACGUUGCUCUUAAGAAACAACAUGCAAGUGAAAAUAAGCGAGUUGAUCUAUUUGACGGUCCAAGUGUUGAAGAUGGCUUUGGUGAAGAAAAUGUCUUGUUAGCAUCAAAUAUGACAAACCAGCAGUUAAUGGAUCAUGGCAAUCAAUUAAUGGAUGAGACUGAUCAAGCUAUUGCACGAUCUAAACAGGUUGAUCUUGAAGGCGAUCUUGAAGGGGAUCGAUCCUAUUACACACUGCAGAUCCAAUAGCUUCCAAUGUUCUGUCUAUGCGGAUCAUCAGGCGAGGGCAUCCUUUCUAGUAUCACUAAAACCAAGAAUAACAACAAUUCAGAGCAAAUAGUCAGACACACGGCAGCCUCCACCUGGAAACUUAAACAAACUAACAACAAAUUGAAGAUUACAGAAGCGAUUCUCUAAACAGUCCAGUGACAGCUGCUUCUAACUUCGCUUUAGUCUUCUGCUUCACCCAUCACACUUGACGAGAACUUGAAUGUCACCUUUCAUGCUCAUAGUCCUCAUCCAUUCAUCAGUCGAAGCGGUCUGGUGGCCAUCUCCUCCAAGAAUACUACAAAUAAUGUAUCGAUCCAUCCCCUUGAAGAUUGGCUUAAAAGCUGCACGAUAGUGCGUCAAACUCGCUUGAUACAUCGCUAGGUUGUAUACGAGACUUUGAAGAAGAGCAUGAUUGGUGCAUGCUUUUGUAUCUGUAUGUGGACUCGCUUGCUAAUUACACCAUCAUGAUCUUUUGUAGGCGUGAGAGGCAUCAGAGAUACAUGGUGCACAUUUGUGGUACG